UCUUUACAUUACAAUCUCUUGCAAGCAGAUACAAAAUGUAUCGUCCUGAGUGACGUCAGGCGCUGAACCGGAAGCUGUUCCGUGUGCUCUCUGUGUGUGUAUAUGUGUGUGUGAUCGUGGGCACGGCGAAACACUGACAGCUGAACGAUGCGAUGUAACUGCGACGGGUGAGAAUGGAAUAACCCACCGAUACCGGCGCAUACGCACACAUAAACCUCCUCUAGAGCAGCUCGCGUGGAUUAUGUGUUGAUUUAAUGAGGACAGUCGUGAUUGUAAUACGCUGAUGUCUUUACACGACCGUUUGGCACGGGAGUGAUCUCGAAGAUCGCAGAGCCCGUGUUUCAUCCCGUCAUCCGCAGCUGUUACGCCCAUCAUCUGCGGCGGGGCUCCGUCGAUCCGUGGCUGUUUGUUUACCUGCACGCAUCGGGACUCAUGGGGAACAGCACAUCAUGCUGCGUGUCGUCCAGCCCGAAGCUCCGGCGGAACGCGCACUCGAGGCUGGAGCCGUACCGGCCCGAACCGGAGCUGAGCCGAGAGGACACGGGCUGCAACCUGCAGCACAUCAGCGACAGAGAGAACAUAGACGAGCUCAACAUGGAGUACAAUCCUUCGGACCACCCGCGCGCCAGCACCAUCUUCCUCAGCAAGUCUCAAACAGACGUUCUUUUACCCAACAAGAAAGUUCGGGAAAAACGGAAAAGCCUGUACGUCAACCAUCAACAUCCGUCUGGUCCAAUAAGACGCAAGUACAGCUCCUGUUCGACGAUCUUCCUGGAUGAUAGCACCGUCAGCCAACCCAACCUCAAAUACACCAUCAAAUGUGUCUCCCUCGCAAUAUACUACCAUAUAAAGAACAGGAAUGUGGACGGGCGAAUGCUGUUAGACAUUUUCGAUGAAAAACUUCAUCCACUUUCAAAAUCGGAGUUGCCGUCAGACUAUGACAAGCACGACCCGGAACAGAAACAGAUCUACCGAUUUGUCCGUACGCUCUUCAGUGCCGCCCAGCUCACAGCUGAGUGUGCCAUAGUUACUCUGGUUUAUCUGGAGAGAUUAUUAACAUAUGCAGAGAUCGACAUCUGUCCUGCUAACUGGAAGAGGAUCGUUUUGGGUGCCAUCCUGUUGGCGUCAAAGGUGUGGGAUGAUCAGGCCGUAUGGAAUGUCGACUACUGCCAGAUCCUCAAAGACAUCACCGUGGAAGACAUGAAUGAGUUGGAGCGGCAGUUCCUGGAGCUGCUGCAGUUCAAUAUUAACGUUCCAUCAAGCGUCUACGCCAAGUACUAUUUUGACUUGCGUUCACUCUCCGAGGCGAACAACCUCAGCUUUCCCCUGGAGCCUCUCAGCAGAGACAAAGCCCAGAAACUGGAGGCGAUCUCCAGGCUUUGUGAUGACAAAUAUAAAGACUUGAGAAAAGGAGCCAAGAAGCGCUCAGUGAGUGCAGAUAACCUGACAGUGGUCAGAUGGUCCCCGGCCAUCAUAUCCUAAUAUCGGUGGACGUUGGGGACUUUCACGAGAGACUGAGAAAAAGAGACUGUCAGAAGAAGCGUUCUCUAAGAGGACACAUACAUGCUUAGUACCUCCACAAGACUCUUGAGCCAGAGGUUUUUGUUCUGAAGAGUGUCCUUGCUGGUCGUACGGCUGCUGUAUAUACAAGACACCCACACAAAGAUCACUUUCCAACCUGUGGCUUAGAGGAGAGAGAGGAGGACACUGCUACUGCAGUUCAGAAAAACUGGAGGAUGAAAGGAUAUAAACGAGGGAGAAACUCCAAAAGACGCCCAAUGACUGGAACAGCAUUCCAACAGCUCUGUGUCAUACGUGUUUGCCAUUCUAGGUGAGGAAGUAUUCGCACAUGAUCUUGUAUGGUUAGAAAAGUUUCACUUGGACGCUUAAGGAUGUCGCUUCAAGAUGGCCAAAAUCAACCACUUCUCAAGAUAUCAUUCCUAAAAGUAUUUCUCUGUGAGCUGAUCACACUAUGAAAUCACCACUGUAGUUAUACAUACUGUUAUUUAACAUUUUGUUUUAAGAUUUAUUUUAAUUAAAUUUAAAACAUCCUUAAUGACGGUUUAUUAAUCUAAAAUUAGUCUUUAAUAAUGCACAUUAUAGGAUUAGUUCACUUCAGAAUUCAAAUUUCCUGAUAAUUUACUCACCCCCGUGUCAUCCAAGAUGUUCAUGUCUUUCUUUCUUCAGUCGAAAAGAAAUGAAGGUUUUUGAGGAAAACAUUCCAGGAUUUUUCUCCAUAUAGUGGACUUCACUGGGGUUCAACGGGUUGAAGGUCCAAAUGUCAGUUUCAGUGCAGCUUCAAAGAGCUCUACACGAUCCCAGACGAGGAAUAAGAGUCAUAUCUAGAGAAACGAUUAGCCAUUUCCUUAAAAAAAAAAAUAUAUAUAUAUAUAUACUAUACACCACAAAUGCUCGUUUUGCACUAGCUCUGUGAUGCGCCAUGCAUUAUGUAAUCACGUUGGAUCCGGCAUCGUUGUUUUACUUUUUUUUUUUUUUUUUUUUGUUAACGGAGUUUGACUUAGUCUUUGCAUCUUUGCAUGUUAUGCAUGACCUUUCCAACGCGAUUAUGUAAUGUGUGGCGCAUCGCAGGGCAGUGCAAGAUGAGCAUUUGUGGUUAAAAAGUAUAUUAUUGUUGUUAUUAUUAUUAUUAUUAUUUUUUUUUUUUUUUUUUUUUUUUUUUUUUUUUUUCUCGAUCGUUUUGCUCAUCUGGGAUCGUGUAGAGCUCUUUGAAGCUGCACUGAAACUGACAUUUGGACCUUCAACCCGUUUAACCCCAGUGAAGUAUUCAGUGGAGAAUAAUCCUGGAAUGUUUUCCUCAAAAACCUUCAUUUCGUUUCGACUGAAGAAAGAAUGACAUGAACAUCUUGGAUGACAUGGGGGUGAGUAAAUUAUCAGGACAUUUGAAUUCUGAAGUGAACAAAUCCUUUAAUGGGAAAAUAUACAAUUUGGACAUCUUUUUAGUCUGAUUAUUUUAUUUAAUUUUUUCAUUUCAUUUUUUUUUUUUUUUUUUUUUUUACCCUUUUUUUUUUUCCAAUUUGUAAUACUUGAUCAAGGCAGUUUGUGUCAUUUAGUCUUAUCUUAGAAUAAUGGAAGUUGGAUUUGUAUUUACACAAGGAGAGUGUUGUGGGGCGUUUCCAUCGUUCCAUUAAGUUUCAACUGAAAAUGUACAAUGUCGAAAUAGACUAAAAUUGGAAGUUUUAAUACUGAAAUCAAAGAUUUUCUUUCUACAGAGCCAACAAUUACAUUCCAUUCUCAAUGACCAUGAACUUUUAUAACCUUCACAUUCUUGUCUCUAUUAUUUUUAUACCUGUAUCAACCUUCGCUUCAACAAAUGACAGAUAUACACAUGAUGUGUCACUCAUUUCCAAAUUUUCAAAGCAAUACAUGUACUGUGCUCUAUUGCGUUUGGAGCUAAUAUUUGAAAGGUUCCUGGGGUACUUGGAGAUGACAUUUAAUGAGUCAAAAUUUUUGGUUACAAUUGGCAUCUUGGAAAAAAAAAAAAAAAAAAUGCUAUUAAAGGUGAGACUAAUAGUGCCACUGCGAUACAAAUGGUUGGACGGAUUGCAGUGUUUUAUUUGACAAUUACAAUGCGUCGAACCAGAGACUGAAUUGAAUUGGUGAGGGAGAGGAAUUCCUGCUGUAUCCACUGCCAUCACCUGUGGUGCCUGCGUUUAGCGGGAAUAUGGCCUUAGAUAUAGAAUAUGACAAUUAAUCAUGUUAUCUUUCAUUCUCAUUCGGACAUCAAAAUGAGUUUUUGGCAAAAGAAGUUAGCUUGUUUUAAAAUCAGUUCUUCCCAGCAGGUGUUAAAUUAUGCCAUCAGAUAUGUGUAAUAAUGAUUCGUUAUUUUAUGUGAUUCGUCUGCUAAGAGAGACAUAUUCAUCUGUGAGACUUAUUGAGAAUUAGAACUUCCAAAAAUAUCUUUUGUAUAUUGUACAUAAUUAAACAUACUUAAAGAAAUUUACUUAUGAUCUUGAGAUAUUUAUAUGUGACCAGUAUUUACUUUUCUUAAUUCUAAAUUCUGGACAAUGAUAGAUACAAAUUUGAAAAAUAUAUGUUGGUUGUUUUGUCAGGAAUAAGUCAAUCUUCUGACACAGUUUCUAAGCGCUGUCAUUGAGGUGUUUUUCUUUUGUCAUAUUAUUCUGUCCUUAAUUGAAUUUCCAGUCAAGUUAAACCUUUUUUUCUGCACCACAAAAGUGGUAAAGCAAUUUCACAAGGUUAUAUUGACAUGAAUGUAACUCUGAAAUUAUUUUCAUUUUAGCAGCAAUGAUUUUUAAAAAAGCAAUUUUCUGUACUUCUUGCUACAGAUGACAUCAAAAUGACCGUUAUUUUCAAGCAGUGUGUAAUGUUUAUUCUUACAUAGAUUAUAAUCUAGAUUUUUUUUUUUGUUGUUGUUGUUGUUGUUUUGUAUUUUCUCAAAUGCCCAAAAAAGUCUUUAUAUACAAUAGAGUAAGUCGGCAAUGUGAUUUUAAUGCAUCCAACUGGACAUACAAAGGUUACACAUUGUUUGCAAACUGAAAAGAAAAAAAAAUAGGAAAUUAUAUUUUGCAUAAAGAAAAUUAUGCCUAUUUCAGGACAAUAAGAUUGUUGUUAGGUAUGUAUGGAAGCUUGUUUUCACCAUGGAAUAUAUAUAUAUAUAUAUAUAUAAUAUAACAUAAAAUAUUGCAAGUUUAAAGCUCACAAUUUGGAUCGAGUUUAUAUCUUUAUCUCACAAUUCUGAGAAAAAGUCUGAAUUCUGAGAUACAAACUCAGAAUUGCGAGAAAUAAAGUCUGAAUUGAAAGAUAUUAACUUGCAAUUGCAAGAAAAAAAGUCAGAAUUGCGAGACAAACUCUGAAUUGCGAGAAAUUGUCAAUUCUGACCUUUUUUUCACACAAAUGUAAGUUUAUAUCUCCCAAUUCUUACUUUAUUUCUUGCAAUUGCGAGUUUAUAACUGAAUUUGAACUUUUUUUCCCCGGAUUUGUGAGAUAUAAACUUGCAAUUGCAAGAAAAAGUCAGAAUUGUGAGUUUGUCUCAUGAUUCUUUUUCACAGUUGCAAUUAUGUCUCACAAUUCAGACUUUAUUUUUCACAGUUGCGAGUUUAUGUCUGGCAAUUGCGAGGGGAAAAAAAGUCAAAAUUGUGAGAAGUUGCAAUUACUUUUUUUAUUCUGUGGCAGAAACAAGCUUCUAUAUGAAUGAACACUUUUGGGGGGGAAAUGUGGUUAAUAGGCUUAAUUAUCUUAUUUAUACAAUAUAUAAUUUUUAAUUUCUUGUGAUUUUGGGGUGAAAUAUAACCCAGACAUGUUCUUAACAGAUUCACUCCCUGAGCAAAGCACUCGUGUACUUUUGCGCAUCUUGUGACAGACAUGAAACUGGACAAACGUGAAACUAAGACAGUGAACACAUAUGUUAGUUUUGGUUCUUUUCCUGAAGAUAAAGGUGGUUUUACCAAAGUUCUUCUCAAGGAAGAUCUGUUCUUUACAAAUGGUGGCACUCCCUCUGCUCAUUUGGAAACCGUUUGAAAUCAGGGAAAACGUGCAAGGAAAUUGUCUUUGGUGAGAAAAAUGGAAUCGUAAAUCGAAAGACUGAAAAAAAGCAUUUGAAGAUUGUAUUAUUCUAUUUAUUUUCUGUGAGCAUGUGAGGAUGCAGCCCAGCAUUGGAUCUGAAGGUGUUGUAAACUCGAGGCAGUAGGCAGGCGAGUGGCGUGUUUUAGCCGUGUGCACUGAACUCUACCUCUGCAUAGAGUUUUGUUUCUUAUUUAAUACCUCUCUCUUGAUGUUAUUUCCAUCUGUCUCUCUGUAAUCCUUCUCAUUUUCAUUGCAAUUUCUAGGAAAUUACAAAUUCAAAUCUUUCAGAACCUUUAUACUAUAAAUGGUUUCCUGUGAAAAAAGAAAAAAAGAAAUCUGCUGUAGUUGUGAGUUUUAAUUUUAUAUUCAGUCACUGGUUGUAUGCCUGUUAUCAUGAAUAAUACAUUGUUGUUGUCAUUUGUUUCUGUUCCAAAGGUCAAACCCAUCCUCAGUAUCUGUUUUCAUUGUGCCAAAGGCUGAAUCCUAUCUCCUAUGUAUGAUCUUAGUUCAUUCUACUUUCUGUUUAACUAAGUGAACCCAGAUGCCUGCGGUCAACCGCCCAGGAGCUGGAGGCUACAAUGGUCGCAUGCAGUUUCUUUUGUUCUCGGACUAUGAUUUUAACUGAUGCUCCCAGUUCAGAAGCAAUGUUUAGAAACCGCCACAAGAAUAAACUUUUAAAGUUGCAAUAAAA